AUGCUUUCCUUCAUCCUCCCCCUUCUCUUGCUCGCCUCCCCCGUCAUCGGGCAAAACACAUCAACCUGCCCUACCCUACCAUCAGCCAUAACCUACGCCUCCAAUGCCAAACUCCCCGACCCGUUCCUCCCCCUUGCCAGUCCCCGCCUAACCACCAAAUCCCAAUGGCCCUGCCGCAAAGAAGAAAUCCGCCAACUGCUCCAGCGCUACACCUACGGGCAAAUGCCACCCAAGCCCUCCUCCCUCACAGCCUCCCUCUCCGGCACCUCUCUCACAAUCACCGCGAAAGAAGCCGGAAAAACAAUGUCCUUCACCGUAACCCUCAAGCUCCCUACCUCAGCCACCGCCCCCUAUCCCGCCAUCAUCGCGUACGGCGCGGCUAGUCUCCCGAUCCCAAGCACCGUUGCUACAAUCACGUAUCAGAAUUUUGAAAUGGCUGCAGACAACGGGCGCGGGAAGGGCAAGUUCUACGAUCUCUACGGGGCUAAUCAUAACGCCGGCGGUAUGAUUACCGCAGCAUGGGGCGUUGACCGCAUUAUCGAUGCGCUAGAACUCACGCCCGCUGCGAAGAUCGAUCCCAAGCGCGUCGGUGUAACAGGCUGCUCGCGCAACGGGAAAGGCGCUACUAUCGCCGGCGCAUUCGUGGAUAGGAUUGCACUCGCGCUGCCGCAGGAAGGAGGGCAGGCUGCUGCGGGAUGUUGGCGAAUCGCGGAUGAGAUCCAGAAGAAUGGCACGAAAGUCGAGACCGCGCACCAGAUCGUAAAUGGCGACACAUGGUUUUCGACCGACUUCUCUAAGUACGUUGAUGCUGUGCCGACACUUCCCUGGGACAACCAUAUGAUGCACGCGCUGUACGCGGACCCGCCCCGCGGUCUUCUCAUCAUCGAGAAUACUGCAAUUGACUACCUCGGCCCGACGAGCAAUUACCACUGCGCGACGGCCGGGAGAAUGGCGCAUGAGGCGUUGGGAGUGAAGCAUUACUUUGGAUUCAGUCAGAAUUCGCAUUCUGACCAUUGUGGGUUUCCGAAGGCGCAGCAGCCCGAGCUGACGGCAUUUAUUGAGAGGUUCCUGCUUGGCAAGGACACCAACACGGAUGUGUGGAAGACGGACGGGAAGUUCGUCAUUGACGAAAAGAGGUGGGUUGAUUGGAGUGUGCCGGCUUUGUCGUGAGACGCAUCGCGGUG